AAGUAAACAUAACAUGAAUCUGAGCAGAGGAGUAGGAGAGGAAAAGGGAGAAAUCUAAACUGCUUUUGCAUUCAGACAAAAAUGGAUCGAUUUACGUGGACAAAUUCGCACUUAGAAUUAAAUGAAACUUAUGUGAUCGAGCAGGGAGGUGUCAGACUGUACGACGGCGACGAAAAGGCUAAGCUGAAUGUCGGAACUGCCUUUUUGACCACCCAUCGGUUGAUCUGGAGUGAUAUCAAAUACGAGGAUUCCUGCCUGUCCAUCCCCCUGUCACAGAUCAUCUUCUUUGAGGAGGAGGCAGCACGAAUAGGAAAGAGUGCAAAAAUAGUCAUCCACCUGCAUCCAGCACCUGCCAACAAGGAACCGGGUCCCUACAAAAAGAGCAAGUUCUCCUACAUAAAGCUGUCUUUUAAAGAACAUGGGCAGAUUGAGUUUUACAGGAGGCUUACAGAGGAGAUGACUCUGAAAAGGUGGGAGAAUACACCGGUUUCACAAUCCAUCCCCCCACCAGUAGCUGGAUCUCGGGGAGGACAUACACGUGCAGUGGGGAUUGUUGGUAUUGAAAGGAAGAUAGAGGAGAAGAGGAAAGAAAUGGAUAAGAACAUUUCUGAGGCCUUUGAGGACCUCAGUAAACUGAUGGUGAAGGCCAAAGAGAUGGUGGAGCUGUCCAGAUCUAUAGCCAACAAGAUCAAAGACAAGCAGGGGGACAUAACAGAAGAUGAGACAAUACGGUUUAAGUCCUACCUUCUGAGCAUGGGUAUUGCUAACCCGGUUACCAGGGAAACACAUGGAUCAGGUACACAUUAUCACCUACAGCUUGCUAAGCAACUGGGAGACAUGCUGCAGGCCCCACUAGAGGAGCGCGGCGGUAUGAUGGCUCUCACGGAGGUGUACUGUCUCGUCAACCGCGCCAGAGGGAUGGAGCUUUUAUCUCCAGAAGAUUUGGUAAACGCCUGCAAAGUGUUUGAGUCACUGAAGCUGCCGUUGAGACUGCGUGUGUUUGAUAGUGGUGUGAUGGUGGUCCAGCUGCAGUCUCACAGCGAAGAGGAAAUGAUAGCCUCAGCACUGGACAAUGUGUCCGACAAAGGUUCCCUGACAGCAGAGGAGUUUGCAAAACUCUUGGGUCUUUCUGUUCUUUUGUCCAAAGAGCGAUUGUUGCUUGCUGAGAAGAUGGGCCACCUGUGUAGAGACGACUCAGUCGAGGGUUUGAGAUUCUACCCGAACCUGUUCUGACCUCUUUUCCGUGAUUAUCGUUCAAUAAAACUGUGCAGCGGCUGUUUCUGCUGAUAGACGGAUGCAUUAAAACAAUCAUCUGACCUCUACACGUGCAGCAGGGUGUUUAUACCGCUAUACUUGCCGUCGUGUUCUUACCCAGUAUCAACUUGUGUUUGGUUGGACGUUUGAAUGGUUCUGAUGCACUGUAAAUCUAUGUAAAACUUUUUUUUUUAAAUCUCGAGCUACAAGUUGACCAGACACUGUCUUCAAAAUCAGUCGAGUGGAUCAGUUUCCAGAAAUAGUUUGACAAACGGCAAAAAUUGCGUAUAAAGCGAAGGGGAUUUAGAUUUACUCUGCUCGGUAGAGUGACUGUAAUGCGUGUUAGUAAUAAAUGGGUUUGGGAUUGUGUUCUAUGCUCAUUCUUCCACGAUCUUGGGUCACCUUUUUACAAGUGUUCUGUUAUGAAAAGCUAGCCAUUUUCAAAGAAAAAUAUGCAUAUAUAUAUUAAAAAUAAAUGUUUAACUAAA